AUGAGGAAACCUGCAAAGGUUCUAUGCACAAGUGCCGCUGACAUAAUUCAAAGGGCAAGUGAUGUUGAGUCCUCGACCUUGGAGGUAUAUUGUCUCAGUCUCAGGCUAGAGUCUCAAAUAAAGAAGUAUGAAGAACUUAACUUUAAGUACUUAGAUCAACUUGGAGAAGAAGGGUUCUCUGAGAAAGACCCUGAUAGAACACAACUCACUGCAAAGUGGUGUCAUGCCAACCAAGUCAUCAUGCAAAGCACUGAAGUUCUGGAGAAACUAAAAAUCAUUUGCAUGGAAGCCAAACCCCAGAGUAUUGGAACAGAGUUUAGACCAUUGCAUAAGGUUAAGUUGCCGUCUUUGUCACUACCAGAAUUUGAAGGGAUCGAUGGAGAAUGGCCCCCCUUUUGGAAUGUUUUCGAGUCUAACGUUCACUCUCAUCCAGACUUGAGAGCUGUUGACAAAUUUAAUUACCUGAAGGGAUGUUUGAAAGGUGAAGCACUAGCUCUGAUUAAAAAUAUCCUUGUCACGAAUGAAAACUAUCUAGACGCCAUUGACAUGUUGAAGAAAACUUAUGCUGAUCCAGAGAAAAUAACCUCAUCUCUAAUUUGUCAAGUAGCAGGCCUGCCUAAGCCUUCUGUAGAUCUGGAUUCACUACAUGGCUUCUGGGCUAAACUUGAACAAUAUGUUGGUACUUGGUCCUUUAGUUUUCCAAAAACUACCUGGGAUAAGAAUAAGGAUUACUCACAUAGAAAACCCAAGCCUAACCAAAGUUCUAAUAGACCAGGUAAUCAGACCAAAACCCAGGUUAGUUCUUACACCACCAAGAAACAUGAUGUCACGAAUCUGAGUAUCUCUGUCACUUCGGGUCAGCCUGAUAAGACAGAUAGAACUCAAAGUUGUGUAGUCUGUGAUAGACCAGAACAUAAAGCCUACCAGUGUGACAAUUACAAGACCACGCAAGAAUGCAUUUCAAGACUUACCGCACAAAAUUGUUGCAUGAAAUGCACUUCACCUAACUAUAAGACAACAUGUUGUCUUGUAAAGUUCCACAAAUGUCUGUCAUGCAAAACUGGACUACACCAUUCAGCAUUGUGCCCUGAUUCCUCAACUGAAGUCUCUGCUGUGAACUAUUGUGGAGACAAUGACAGUGACAAAGACUUAAAAUCACAAACAAGUGGAAUUCUCCCUACCGCCUUAAUGAAAGUGGUGUGUCCGCCCUCAGGCAACACCAAGGAACUUAGAUCACUGUUUGAUUCUGAGGCACAACGCACCUCCAUCACACAUGAGGCAGUGGAAGAGUGUAAACUUGAACGAGACGAUCCUGUCCAACUGAGCAUCAGUGGGUUCUGGGAUACCAAAGAACCUAGAGAAUACAACUACGGUCACUGUACCUGUCAGGGUAAACGAUGA